AUGGCCAGUCCUCCCGUACUUGCUUUCGAUGCUGAGGGCCGCCCAGUGAAGUUUGACACCUGGCUCGAUGACCUGCACCUUUUCCUACAGCUCACUGCCAAGGAGGACAUCUCACUGUAUGACCACGCCCUCGGCCAUGCUCCUGCCCCUGCUACUGAUGCUGACAGCACUACCCGCUCCCAGUGGCAGACUCGUGACGCCCACGCUCGCUUUGCCAUCCGCAACUCCCUGCCGUUAGAUGAGCGCGAGCACUUUGGCCAGUGCAAGACUGCUAGGGACCUCUACACCGCUGUAGUUGCCCGUUACUCCUCACCCGCUUCUGCUACGCUAGGCCGCCUCACUCUUCCCUACCUGUUCCCCGACCUAGCCUCCUUUCACACUGUCGCAGACCUCAUCACCCACCUUAAGACUAUCAGGGACCACUUCCUCUCUCGCUCCCCCACUGAGCUCACUGUUGCCCUCCUCGAGAAGGAACUGCUUGCAGCUGAGGCGAGCAUCGUCGCUGUAGGCACCUCUCGUGGCGACCCCCGCACCCCGUUCUUCGAGGGGUGUUCCCCUUCCCCCCUCCUCCCCUCUGUCGCCUCUGCUGCUGCUGUCGACCUCCUUGGUGCUGAGAAGGUCGGGACCGCGUCUGCUUCGAGCGGGCGCCGCAGGGGCAAAGGGAACAGGGGCGGGGGUGGCGGCGGAGGAGGUGGGGGUGGAGGCGGUGGGAGUGGAGGCGCGGCUGAGGAGGCUAGUGGCGGUAGUGGGGGAGGCGACAGCAGCGGCGGGAGUGGUGGCAGGGGCGGAGGCGGCAGCGGAGGCGGAGGUGGUCGUGGUGGCGGCAGGGGUGGAGGUGGCCGGGGCGGAGGCGGAGGGGGUGGUGGUCGUGGGGGCACUGGCGGAGGGCAGAGUCAGCAGCCCGCCCCGACGCUUCAGGCCGCCCGUGAGUGGUAUGCGCAGCGUGGCUUUACCUGCACGUACGUCAUUCGCACAGGUGACCGCACCGGCCAGCAGUGUGGGAGGCUGCACCCCACGCAGCGCUGCUUCGCCCGCCUUACCGACGCGUGGCGCACCCAGUUUCCUACUGCCACUGAGCUGCCGCGCUGGGCUGAGCUGGAGAAGAGGGGUGUUGAUAUUUGGGCUUUAGACUUUGAUGCUAUUCUCACUGCCAUGUAUGCGAUGUCUAUUAGUGGAGAGGGUGCUCAGUACUUGCGUGUUCCGCCCGACCCGGGCAUUCAAGCCAGUCCGGCUGCCGCUCUAGGUGCUAGUGCGUCCGCUCCCGCAGGUCCUGGUGAGGCUUCUGCCCUAGGUGCUAGUGCGUCUGUGCCCCCUGGUACUGAGUCGACUGCAGCACUGCACACCUUCACACUGGACUCAGGUGCUUCUCGCUCUUUCUUUCGUGACCGCACUGUCCUUGAGCCCCUCGCUCGGCCAGUUGCUGUCUCCCUUGCUGACCCCUCUGGGGGUCCGGUCAUUGCGACCUCCUCCACUGUCCUUCCUUGUCCGGCGGUCCCGUCCGGCACGCUGUCCGGUCUCUACCUCCCCUCGUUCUCGACGAACUUGGUGGCAGGUAGUGCGCUCCAGGACGGGGGUGUUCACCAGUUCACCCCUGCCUACGAGCGCGUGACACACUGCACGUAG